GAUGGGAGGGCCGCGUCCCAACCCCUGGAUCAGGCUGCUGCUGGUGUCCUUGCUGAGCGUCAGCUUCCCGGGGCACAUGGCAAAUCGCUGCAAGAAGGCUCAGGUGAAGAGCUGCACAGAGUGCAUCCGGGUGGACAAAGACUGCGCCUACUGCACUGAUGAGAUGUUCAAGGAGAGACGCUGCAACACCCAGGUGGAGCUGCUGGCCGCGGGCUGCAGGCUGGAGAGUGUGGUGGUCAUGGAGAGUAGCUUUGAGAUCACAGAGGAGACCCACAUCGACACGACCCUGCGGCGCAGCCAGGUGUCACCCCAAGGCCUGCGGGUCCGGCUGCGGCCGGGGGAGGAGCGGCACUUUGAGUUGGAGGUAUUUGAGCCCCUGGAAAGCCCCGUGGACCUGUACAUCCUCAUGGACUUCUCCAACUCCAUGUCUGACGAUCUGGACAACCUCAAGCAGAUGGGACAGGACCUGGCCCAGGUCCUGAGCCGGCUCACCAGCGACUACACUAUAGGGUUUGGCAAGUUUGUGGACAAAGUCAGCGUCCCCCAGACGGACAUGAGGCCUGAGAAGCUCAAGGAGCCCUGGCCCAACAGUGACCCCCCCUUCUCCUUCAAGAAUGUCAUCAGCCUAACGGAAGAUGUGGAUGAGUUCCGGAGUAAACUGCAGGGAGAGCGGAUCUCGGGCAACCUGGAUGCUCCAGAAGGGGGCUUUGAUGCCAUUCUGCAGACAGCUGUGUGCACGAGGGACAUUGGCUGGCGCCCAGAUAGCACCCACCUGCUGGUGUUCUCCACUGAGUCGGCGUUCCACUAUGAGGGUGACGGCGCCAACGUGCUGGCAGGCAUCAUGAGUCGCAAUGACGAGGAGUGUCACCUGGAUGCCUUGGGCACCUACACCCAGUAUGGGAAGCAGGACUACCCAUCGGUACCAACCCUGGUGCGCCUGCUUGCCAAGCACAACAUCAUCCCCAUCUUCGCUGUCACCAACCACUCUUACAGCUACUACGAGAAGCUGCACACCUACUUCCCCGUCUCCUCCCUGGGGGUGCUGCAGGAGGACUCAUCCAACAUCGUAGAGCUGCUGGAGGACGCCUUCAACCGUAUCCGCUCCAACCUGGACAUUCGGGCACUGGACAGCCCCCGAGGGCUUCGGACAGAGAUCAACUCUAAGAUAUUUCAGAAGACGAAGGCUGGGUCCUUCCACAUACGACGUGGGGAAGUGGGCACGUACAGCGUGCAGUUGCGGGCCAUCGAGGAGGUGGACGGGACGCACGUGUGCCAGCUGCCAGCAGAGGACCAGAAGGGGAACAUCCACCUGAAGCCUUCCUUCUCUGAUGGCCUUAGGAUGGAUGUGGGAGUCAUCUGUGACGUGUGCAACUGCGAGCUGCAAAAAGAGGUGCGGUCGGCUCUCUGCAACUUCAAUGGGGACUUCAUGUGUGGACAAUGUGUGUGCAGUGAGGGCUGGAGCGGCAAGACCUGCAACUGCUCCACGGGCACCCUGAGCGACACACAGCCCUGCCUGCGAGAGGGCGAGGACAAGCCAUGCUCAGGCCGUGGCGAGUGCCAGUGCGGACGCUGCGUGUGCUACGGCGAGGGCCGCUACGUGGGGCAGUUCUGCGAGUAUGACAACUUCCAGUGUCCCCGGGCCUCCGGCUUCCUCUGUAAUGACCGGGGACAUUGUACCAUGGGCCAGUGUGUGUGUGAGCCUGGCUGGACAGGCCCGAGCUGUGACUGUCCCCUCAGCAAUGCCACCUGCACUGACAGCAAUGGGGGCGUCUGUAAUGGGCGUGGCUACUGCGAGUGUGGACGCUGCCAUUGCAACCAGCAGUCGCUCUACACGGAUACCACCUGUGAGAUCAACUACUCAGCAAUCCGUCUGGGCCUCUGUGAGGACCUGCGUUCCUGCGUGCAGUGCCAGGCCUGGGGCACCGGGGAGAAGAAGGGACACACAUGUGAGGAGUGCAGCUUCAAGGUCAAGAUGGUGGAUGAGCUGAAGAAAGCGGAGGAGGUAAUGGAGCACUGCUCCUUCCGGGACGAGGAUGAUGACUGCACCUACAGCUACACAGUGGAGGGUGAUGGCAUGCCCGGGCCCAACAGCACCGUCCUGGUGCACAGGAAGAAGGACUGUCCUCCCGGCUCCUUCUGGUGGCUCAUCCCCCUCCUCAUCUUCCUCCUGCUGCUCCUGGCGUUGUUGCUGCUGCUCUGCUGGAAGUAUUGCGCCUGCUGCAAGGCCUGCCUGGCUCUUCUCCCUUGCUGCAAGCGAGGCCACAUGGUGGGCUUCAAAGAAGACCACUACAUGCUGCGGGAGAACCUGAUGGCCUCCGAUCACCUGGAUACGCCCCUGCUGCGCAGCGGCAACCUCAAGGGGCGGGACACCGUCCGCUGGAAGAUCACCAACAACGUACAGCGGCCUGGCUUCGCCACCCGCGUAGCCAGCACCAACCCCUCAGAGCUGGUGCCCUACGGGCUGUCCCUGCGCCUUGCCCGCCUCUGCACUGAGAACCUGCUGAAGCCUGACACCCGUGAGUGUGGCCAGCUGCGCCAGGAGGUGGAGGAGAAUCUCAAUGAGGUUUACAGACAGGUCACGGGCGCCCACAAGCUCCAGCAAACGACUUUCCGGCAGCAGCCCAACGCUGGGAAAAAGCAGGACCACACAAUCGUGGACACGGUGCUGAUGGCGCCCCGCUCAGCCAAGCAGGCCCUGCUGAGCCUGACGGAGAAGCAUGUGGGGCAGGGGUCCUUCCAUGAGCUCAAGGUGGCCCCUGGCUACUACACCCUCACUGCGGACCAGGAUGCCCGAGGCAUGGUGGAGUUCCAAGAGGGUGUGGAGCUGGUGGAUGUGCGCGUGCCCCUGUUCAUCCGGCCUGAGGACGACGACGAGAAGCAGCUGCUGGUGGAGGCCAUCGAUGUCCCCUCAGGCACUGCCACCCUCGGCCGCCGCCUGGUCAACAUCACUGUUAUCAAGGAGCAAGCCAGCGGGGUGGUGUCCUUUGAGAAACCUGAGUACAUCGUCAGCCGCAGGGAGCAGGUGGCCCGUAUCCCCAUCAUCCGUCGCAUCAUUGACAGCGGCAAGUCCCAGGUCUCCUACCGCACACAGGACAACACAGCGCAGGGCAACCGGGACUACGUCCCCGUGGAGGGUGAGCUGCUGUUCCAUGCGGGAGAGACCUGGAAGGAGCUGCAGGUGAAGCUCCUGGAGCUGCAGGAGGUAGACUCCCUCCUGUGGGGCCGCCAGACGCGCCGCUUCCUCAUCCACCUCGGCAGCCCCAAGUUCGGGGCCCGUCUGGGCCAGCCCCACACAGCCACCAUCAUCAUCGGGGACCAAGACGAACUGGACCAGAACUUCACUCACCAGACCCUGUCAUCACCUCCACUCCCCCGUGGUGACCCAGCCGCCCCACAGAACCCCAAUGCCAAGGCUGCCGGGUCCCGGAAGAUCCACUUCAACUGGCUGCCCCCUCCUGGUAAACCAUCAGGGUACAAGGUGAAGUACUGGAUCCAAGGUGACUCCGAGGCUGAAGCCCAGGUGAUGGACAGCAAGGUACCUUCAGUGGAGCUCACCAACCUCUACCCAUACUGUGACUACGAGAUGAAGGUGUGUGCCUAUGGGCCACAGGGCGAGAGCCCCUACAGCUCCCUGGUGACCUGCCGCACCCACCAGGAAGUACCCAGUGAGCCGGGGCGUCUGGCCUUCAAUGUCGUCUCCUCCACGGUGACCCAGCUGAGCUGGGCCGAACCAGCUGAGACCAAUGGCGAGAUCACGGCCUACGAGGUCUGCUAUGGCCCAGUCAACGAGGACAACCAGCCCAUCGGGCCCAUGAAGAAGGUGCUGGUGGACAGCCCCAAGAGACGGAUGCUGCUCAUUGAGAACCUGCGAGAGUCCCAGCCCUACCGCUACACGGUGAAGGCGCGCAACGGGGCAGGCUGGGGGCCCGAGAGGGAGGCCUUCAUCAACCUGGCCACCCAGCCCAAGCGGCCCAUGUCCAUCCCCAUCAUCCCCGACGUCCCCAUCGUGGACGCGCAGAGUGGGGAGGACUACAACAGCUUCCUCAUGUACAGUGACGACGUCCUGCGCUCCCCAGGAGGCAGCCAGAGGCCCAGCGUCUCCGACGACACUGGCGGCGGCUGCUGGAAGUUCGAGGCCCUGCUGGGGGAGGAGUUGGACCUGCGGCGCGUCACGUGGCAGCUGCCCCCGGAACUCAUCCCGCGCCUGUCGGCCAGCAGCGUGCGCUCCUCCGAGGCCUUCGAGGCGCCCCCUGCGCCCCCAGACGACGGCGCCAAGGGUGCAGGGGACGCAGGGGGCGGCGGCCUGCCUCGCAGCGCAACACCUGGGCCCCCCGGAGAACACCUGGUGAAUGGGCGGAUGGACUGCGCCUACCCGGGCAGCGCCAACUCCCUGCACAGGAUGACUGUAGCCAAUGCUGCCUAUGGCACCCACCUGAGCCCACACCUGCCCCACCGCGUGCUGAGCACGUCCUCCACCCUCACGAGGGACUACCACUCGCUGACCCGCACAGAGCACUCACACUCACGCUCGGCCACGCUGCCCAGGGACUACUCCACCCUCACCUCCCUCUCCUCCCAAGAUGCCUUCAUGGCUGCGGGUGUGCCGGACACUCCCACCCGCCUGGUAUUCUCAGCCCUGGGACCCACAUCUGUGAAAGUGAGCUGGCAGGAGCCACAAUGUGAGCGGGCGCUACAGGGUUACAGCGUGGAGUACAAGCUGCUGAACGGAGAUGAGCUGCAUCGGCUCAGCAUCCCUAACCCCAGCCAGACCUCGGUGGUGGUGGAGGACCUCCUGCCCAACCACUCGUAUGUGUUCCACGUGCGUGCCCAGAGCCAGGAUGGGUGGGGCCCAGAGCGUGAGGGUGUCAUCACCAUCGAAUCCCAGGUGCACCCACAGAGCCCACUCUGCCCCCUGCCAGGCUCUGCCUUCACCCUGAGCACCCCCAGUGCACCAGGCCCACUGGUGUUCACCGCCCUGAGCCCCGACUCACUGCAGCUGAGCUGGGAGCGGCCACGGCGGCCCAAUGGGGACAUCCUCGGCUACCUGGUGACCUGCGAGAUGGCCCACGGAGGAGGGCCAGCCACCACAUUUCUGGUGGAUGGAGACAGCCCCGAGAGCCGGCUGACAGUGCCAGGCCUCAGUGAGAAUGUGCCCUACAAGUUCAAAGUGCAGGCCAAAACCACACGGGGCUUCGGGCCUGAGCGGGAAGGCAUCAUCACCAUUGAAUCCCAGGAUGGAGGUCCCUUCCCGCAGCUGGGCAGCCACCCCGGGCUCUUCCAGCACCCACUACAAGGGGAAUACAGCAGUGUCACCACCACCCACACCAGCACCACCAACCCCUUAGUGGACGGGCUCACGCUGGGGUCCCAACACCUGGAGGUAGGUGGCUCCCUCACCCGGCACGUGACCCAGGAGUUUGUAAGCCGGACACUGACCACCAGUGGGACCCUCAGCACACAGGUGGACCACCAGUUCUACCAGACCUGACCACACACGCCCCCUGCCCCA